UAUGACGGUCUCCUACUGACGUGUCGCACUCGACUAUUACUGAGGGGAAAAACACAGGUCUUGUUUUUUCCUGCUACUUCUGUAACCCGACAGGUAUCACCCACGGACUGAACCAUGUCAGAGCCCAGCAAGCAAGAGAUUUCAACUAUUUUUAAGCGACUUCGCUCCAUUCCUCCGAACAAGGUUUGCUUUGACUGCUCGGCUAAAAACCCGAGUUGGGCCAGCAUCACCUAUGGGGUGUUCCUCUGUAUAGAUUGCUCUGGGACUCACAGGUCUCUUGGGGUGCACCUGUCCUUCAUCAGGUCCACGGAGCUGGAUUUUAAUUGGUCCUGGUUUCAGCUGAGGUGUAUGCAAGUUGGAGGCAAUGCCAGUGCGAUUUCAUUUUUCAACCAACAUGGUUGCACAACAAGCGCCGCAAAUUCCAAAUACAACAGCCGAGCCGCUCAGCUGUACAGAGACAAGAUAAAGACUUUAGGCACACAGGCCACCAGGAGUCAUGGCACCGAGCUGUGGCUCGACAGUCAGGCUCCUCUCUCCCCAACAGCACCAGACGACAAGCAGGUGGAUUUCUUCAGUCUGCUUUCACAGUCUGAACCUGAAAACUUGAACAUUGGCAAAAUGAGUCUAAGCUCGACCUUAUCAGAGAGGCCUUCAACUCCGGUUAAAGAGGAGAAUGGAAAUGAGGAGGGUCCAAGCGUGGAUAUGCUUAGUAUGUCUCCAAAAGCAAAUCUAGAUGUCCCGUCUCUUCUUAAGAAGAAGCCAGCUGCUGCCAAGAAAACCUUGGCCUCUAAGAAAGGCGGUCUUGGCGCUCAGAAGGUGAGCAGCAAGAGUUUCUCCGAGCUGGAGAAGAAAGCUCAAGCUGCCGACAAGCUCAGAGAGAAAGAGGGGGGGCCGGCGUCCACCAAGAAGAACACCCAACCUGAAGAAUCCAUCACUCCAUCUCUGCGACUGGCCUAUAAGGAUUUUGAGCAGCAGAGGAAAGUGGAGGAGAAGAAGUUUAAGGUUGAGGGGAACAAGAAGGAACAAGCUGAGAGACUGGGCAUGGGACUGGGCAGCAGAGGCGAGAUGUCUCACUCGGUGACGUCGGACAUGCACAUGAUCCAGCAGGAGACUCCUGUGGGGGCCAAAAGCAAGAAAGGGCGACGGUUCAAUGACGACGACGAUGAUGAAGGAUCCUUCAGCCCCAGGGUCUCGUCUCGAUACGAGAAUGAAGCAGAGACGUCUGAUAGUUAUUCAGCGCGGUGGGAAAGUAGAGGUGAGGUCGAAGGCUGGAUGAAGGAGAGCAAGAAACCAGAGCCGGACUUCUACCUGACCUCCACGAUCUCAUCGCUGGACGACAGGUCCACAUCCAGAAGAAAACCCGAACCGGUCUCGGACUCUGGGGAAGCUCAGAAAAAGUUUGGAGUUGAUGUGAAAUCCAUCUCUUCAGACAUGUACUUUGGGAAACAGGAUAACUCUGAGUACGAGGCCAAAACCCGACUGGAGAGAUUCUCUGGGAGUUCCUCUAUAAGCUCAGCGGACCUGUUUGAAGAUCAGAAGAAACAGGCUGCGAGUUCCUACCGUCUGACCAACGUGCUGCCCAGCGCUCCUGACAUGGCCCAGCUCAGACUGGGAGUGCGCUCUGUUGCGGGGAAACUCUCCGUCAUGGCCAGUGGUGUCGUGAACUCUAUUCAGGAUCACUACAGUACUUGAGUCGUGCUGCUCCUCCUCUUGGAUUCAGCAGCCUCAUCAUCAUCCUCCUCUGUUUUACAGAGUCUGAGAAGCUUUGCAGUGAGUGUUGGUCACUGCAAAGGACAAAGCUUCUCUAUAAAAGACCCCCAGAUAUCCCUGUAAACAUCUCUAUCUAGUUUUAUAUUGGAUAAUGUACAUAGAAAAGUUGCUACAAUCAAGAUGGUGGAAGCACAAUAUUUCAUGGGGAGUUAUAUUCCCCUGUCGGCAUCUUGAAGGGGCAUUAAUGUGUAUAAUUUAGAAAAGAAGAACAUUCAGUUUGCAGUUUAUUACUUUCUUUGCUUUGUGGUCUUGAGUUAUAAAUGUUUAGCAACGCUGUAUGUAGCAGGAGCGACUUCCUUUAGGUGAUGAGUUUAAAAAAAAGAAUCCUCAGCAGUGUAGAGGAAUAAGUUGUACCUUUUCUUUUUAAGUGGUUACAAUCGUUCAUUACACACAGUGUGGGGUCCUAUUGUUAUUCUUUUUUUUUUUUUGCACAUUGCUGAAGGUUUGAAAGUGUCCUUUCUGUCCCAAAAGUGCACUUAUGUUUGCUUUUCCACAGACGGGACCAAAAGCUGAAUACAGAGGCCUUGAGGUGUAGCUUAAUGUUCAUACGUCAUCAGUUUGAAUCUGCCACAUUAGCGCACAAGCUUUCUGUUGAUGUUUUUUUUUCUCUCUCUAUAUCUGUGGUCAGGUGUGUGUGACGAAGUUGAUAUAAAAUUAUAUUUAAAAAAAAAAAAAAAAAAAAGUUUGACAUUUUGGUAAAACCCCUGGUUGGCUUUCUUGCUUUAGUUGAGUUUUAGAUGAGACGAUCAAUUCUAGUCUCAUAUUAGUCCGUUAUGAUAUAUGGAGCUGUGAGCAGCAGCUGAUUGGCUUGCUGAGCAUACGUGAUGGAAACGAGGGCAGCUUAAAGUAAACACGAUGUUGGUACAGCUGAGCAUGUGUACCUUUUAAACGGAGCCAGGCGAGCUGCUUUGCCCUGUUUUCAGUCUUUAUGCUAUGCUAAGCUAAGCUAUGGCUGUUGUGGUUUCAAUCUAUUGCUAAAGGCCUUAGGUAAUCAGUUUAACAGAACCAGAAAGCCCCUUAAUGUAGACUAGUUGCACUACAUAUUUAUAUAUAUAUAAUAAUAUAUAUAUAUAUUUCUUUACUAUUGUUUGGAGUUUGACACUUUAAAAUGGUUUUAAUGAAGAAUGGGGUCAACAUUGUAACUUUCAGAUUUAUUGAAUUUAAAAGGGUGCCUUUUGAUGAUGUUUGGGUUGGUUUUUUUUUGGUUUUUUUUUGUAGCUGCUUUUUGUUAAAAUUAGUGUUUACAUGUUGGGGGUUGACCUUUUUUGUUGUUGUAACCUUCACUGUUUAAUCAGUUAACUCUCCCAGACAAACCAUUUCCUGAUGUGGUGGGACCUCUUUGUAGCUCUUAGGCCCCACCUUGAAUAAGAAUGUAAACAUCUAAAGCUUUCAAAACUAUUAUUUGUCUUAUUAUUUGCUGUUCCUGUAAAAAAACAAAACAAAAAAAAAAGAAAUGUGGUUAAUUCUGGCACUUGUAGCUCUUCAGGUGGGGCUAUAGUUAGAAAAUAGAACGCAGCUUGAGAAAACAGCUUUACUAUAACGUUUGCCGCGAUGCUAAAAAUGCUUAAAUUAGAUUUUGCAGAGUUUCUAAAGCCCUGAUGAGGAACGCUCACUCUGUAGUAAUUCUGCCUCUCAGGACUUUGAUUUGACUUGUAAACAUAAAACACUAAAAGAGGGCAAAAGUCUGAGUUUUAUAUCCUUCAGUGACCAAAUAUUUGUCUACUCCAUCACUUAAUGCCUUAGUCCAAAGAGGUCUGAUGAGCAUGCCCUCGUUGCUUUAUUGUUGAGUCAUCUGGUUAUUUUAUUUGUUUUGCACAUCAUUUGUUAGACAUUGCACGUGGCAGCUUUUUGCUUGAAUGUACUUUAAUGUAAUUUAAUAUUUUGCCUCUAAGUUGACAUUGCAUCCAUGUUAGGACUUUUUUUUAUUGUAUCUGUUGAUGUUUGUAUAAUAUUUUUUUUUCUGUGCCUUCUUAUGUUAAACAUUGUUAAAAGUUACCUAGAAGAAAAGCAGCCCAUGUAAUUGGCAUGUCCCAUAGUUAAUAGCUGACACAUUGUGAAAAGAAGAGAGCGAGUAUGGCUGUUAAAUAUGAAGAAUUAUUCAACGAGAACUGUACAGUAGACUGAAAUCCUCUAUAGAUACGGUGGUGUAUACGGCUUUGAAAUCAAGUUUUUGGCAUAUUUUGACACUCUAAAUCUCAGUUUAGAUUUUUGGAAACAUGUUGAAUAAAUGGCUUGUGCUUA